UCUUUACAAGAAUUGAUAGGAGACAUCGAUCGACCCAAUGAAUGUCUUAUUUUAGUUAAAUCGGAUAAAUCUAUAUGAACUGAAAACGGACCUUGUCUGUUAGCAAGAGCGCCCUAAUCUAAACAUUUCAUGAAUUUUUAUUCGAUUGUUUAUCGACUAUAGCUGGCUCUAGGGUUUUAAAUGCUCAGACUAGCGUAUAAAUUUCCAAAUUGUCGAGAUUCAGCCAAACGUAUACCAGGACAACGAAUCCUUCCAAAAUGCACUUAAAAAAAUUAAAAAAGCACUCCGUGAUUUCGAUGAAUAAUCGUAAGUUGUAUUCACCUCACGGUCAAUUGGAUAAACUAACAUGAUUCAAAUAUAUACUACGCGCACUCAAAAUUCUGACACAUACCAUGAUAAAUUACCUGAACUGAUCAUGGCUCUGUUUUGUUUCUCUCUUCCGAUACCAAGGGAGGAUAUUCGUCAGUUAUCCAAAAGAAAUCGAUGCGGGGAUAUGUUUACAACAAUGUUUAUCUUAAUGGCUAUCAGCAAUGAAUCAUAAUCGGAAAGUAAAGCACCUUUCUUAUUUUCGUCGCAGUUUUCUGUCCUUGACCCUUAUCGUGGCGUGUCAAACGUCUGCUAAGCCAGGUAACAGCGCUAGCACGCCAGUCGGUUCUUCACCCACAAACCGAUGUAAAAAUGUCUACUUCAGCCUCCAUGCAGGAACACCAAACAAGAAGAUUGGAACACUUCUUCAGGAAAUGAAGAAACAGCUUAUGCACGUUAAAAAUGAUGUCAGCAUUAUCAAAGCGAGAAACAACACUUCAUGUAAAGAAUCUACAGAAACUCUCCUUAGAGAAAUAAAAGAAACACUUCUCGAAAUGCAAAACGACAUUGCUUCUAUCAAAGAAAACAAGAUGCUCAGUGAAUCUCGACACACCUGUACUGAAGUUAAGAAGAACUGUGCUGAGCUGUACAAAUCUGGUAAAACAAGUAGCGGUGUUUAUACAAUUGACCCUGAUGGUCACGGUGCCUUUAGUGUCUUCUGUGACCAAACGGCAGCCGGUGGGGGGUGGACAGUGUUUCAGAAGAGACUGGAUGGCUCGGUUGACUUCUAUCGCGGCUGGACCGAUUACAAAAAUGGCUUUGGUAAUCUGCAUGGUGAAAUUUGGCUGGGACUGGACAAGAUACACCGUCUUACAACAACAAUAAAGAACAAGCUCCGUGUACAUCUGAUGGACACCAAAGGUAAAACUGCUUACGCCGAAUACAACAUGCUUGCUGUUGCCAGUGAGAAUAAAUACAAGCUGAGCCUUGGAACUUACUCAGGAAAUGCGGGCGAUUCUCUUUCUCGUCAUCGUGGGCAGCCCUUUGCAACCAAGGACAAGGACAGAUAUCGCUGUGCUGUGACCUACAAGGGAGCCUGGUGGUACGAGACUUUCUUGACGGAGUAG